UCCGAUAUUAUCUUGUUUAAUUACUUGAACACAUUACAUACGUAAGUGAUCAUUUCUAAAAGGUUUGGCCAGAUUUUUUAUCUUCACAGUCAAAUGCCAGAAAAAUGGAUAUGCAUUGAAGAAAUUGAAUGAGCUUUCCAGAAUUUGAUAGUGUUUUAAUUUUAAUCAAUUCAUUCAAUUUUCAAACAUGAAACAUCACCCCUGUAUCUAUAUACAUUUGGUGCUCCAAGCUAAUUGUUAUUCCAGGCAAGGUGCAUCCGUUACUUUCAAUGGCUGCAAAACUUCUUGGCUUCCUGUUUUUCAGCUUCCAUUUUCUGCUUCAACUUCACUUAUCUACCGGUCAAAAUGUUGUUAGAGCUGCUUAUUGGUCCGCAGGAAGUGAAUUUCCUGUUUCGGACAUAGAUUCUAAGCUUUUCACUCACCUUUUUUGUGCAUUUGCUGAUCUUGAUUCUCAAACAAACCAAGUCGCGGUUUCUUCUGCAAACCAGGCCCGUUUCUCCGCCUUCACAGAAACUGUCCGACAAAAAAAUCCUUCCAUCGAAACACUCUUGUCAAUUGGUGGGGGAAGUUCAGAGGCGUCAGCUUUUGCUUCCAUGGCAAGCCAAGCUAGUACCAGGAAAUCAUUCAUUGAUUCCUCCAUAAGUUUAGCAAGAUCUUAUGGCUUCCAUGGCCUUGACCUUGAUUGGGAGCACCCAUCCACAGUUACCGAAAUGAACAACUUGGGUUUGCUUCUCAAUGAGUGGAAAGCUGCUGUGGAUAACGAAUCCACUAGCUCUGGUAACACAAGAUUGCUUCUAUCUGCAGCACUUUUCCGCAACUCAGAUUAUUUUACUCUGAAAUAUCCAAUCCAGGUGAUAGAAAAUAGCUUGGAUUGGAUCAAUGUGAUGGCAUAUGAUUUUUACGGUCCUAGAUGGUCCAAUGUAACCGGUCCUCCUGCAGCAUUAUACAAUCCUGGAACUCGAGUCAGUGGGGAUUAUGGGAUCAGAACAUGGAUACAAGCAGGGAUUCCAUCGAAUAAACUAGUACUCGGAUUGCCCUUUUACGGCUAUGCCUGGCAGCUUGUAGAUGCAAAUAACCAUGGAUUUUUUGCACCUACAAAUGGACCAGCUAUAUCAGCAGAUGGAGACUUGGGUUACGGUCAGAUCAAGAAUUUUAUUUCCCAGAACAGCGCCACAGAAGUUUACAAUGCAACAGUAGUUUCGAAUUAUUGCUACUCUGGCAGGACAUGGAUUGGUUAUGACGAUACGGAAAGCAUUACAGCCAAGGUUUCAUAUGCUAAAGAAAAUGGUUUGCUUGGUUACUUCGCAUGGCAUGUUGGUGCAGAUGACGAUUGGACUCUUUCACAAGCAGCAUCGCAAACAUGGGGAUCAUAGACACUAAUGGCCUGUCCAUGGAGUAAAUUAGUGACAGAUUUAUACGAGUUUAUGAAUAAGAUGAUCCUUCUACUGAUUUAUGUCAUUUGGAAUGAUGCUGCCCCCAAAUAAGAAUGAUGUUAAAUAUUUCCAAUUGCUAAUAAAAUAUAUAUAGUAUAAUAGACAAAGCUUGAAUAAACUAGUUCCUGAUUAAUAUAUCUAAUGCAAUUUUAUCCUAUUGACUAUUGUAUUUUGAAUGGUGAGUCUUAACAAAUAAAC